GAGACGCUCCUGUACAUGAACAAACCACUGAUAUUAAUUAUAUGAAACGCACUAUAGAAACUUUCAGGGGACUUCCCCAGACUAAAAAUAGACACAACGCACUAAACAACAGAUGUGUGGAUCUGACGACUGACGUGCUUUUGUAAUAAAUAAUACUGAGCAGAUAACGAGAAAGAUGAGUAUGGAAGGCAAUGCAAAUGCAAGCGGGACCGAUCUCGCAACGAUUAGCUUGGAACAGGAACGUGAUUCCUACAAAGAAAAGGUGGAUCACAUGAAAAUGUUAGUCAGACAAUAUAGCCAAGAGUUACAAUCAUAUAAAAUCAGGAAGGAGGGAGUGGAAACGGUCUCCAAACUUUUACAAGAGGCUAGACAGGAAAUCGCAUUAUUACAAAAGAAAUGUAAAACUCAGGACACGGCUAUUAGGAAUCUUCAAAGUAGAUUAACAUCAAACGGAUUGUCAGGAAAUAUUACAAUGGAGGAAGGAGACACAUUCAUGCCCGGAACGUCGAAUCAGCUUCUGGAUAAUCUUACAAGGGAAAAUACCCGUCUGCGAACCCUACUUCGAGGGGCCUCUGUGAAUCCGGAAGAUAUAACGACUUUACAUCAGACGUUGAAAAGGAAAGAUGAAACUAUAAGCGAGCAGACCCGGGCAUGUGAGGUAUUGCAGAUGCGUGUACAGGAAUUACAAGACCUAAUGGGAUCAUCUGAAAACAUCAAAGACCAAACCAUCUCAUCUCUGCAGACAACUGUACACAAAAUGAAAGAAGAAUUUCAAACGCGAGAUGUUUUAUGUCAUUCUCUUGCAGAGGAAACAACCAACUUAAGACAGCAACUUCACGAUGUUGCAGUCACGUGCCAACAGAUGGCCUUGCGAUUGGAGCGUGCCGAGAAAGCUUCCCGCACGCUGGAACCUAAACUCACGGGUUCAAAUAAGGCAAACGAUAUUACCGAAACGAAUGAAAAGCUUGCUCUUGAUAACAGAUUGCUGCAAGAAAAAGUUGACGAGGUGGUAACGAUGAACAAAAGGUGGCAGGAAUAUGAAACACAAAGAGAGCAACAUGUAAAGUACCAAGAAGUUGUCAUUCGGACGCUGCAGGGUAAACUGGCUGCCGCUGAGGCCAAUCAACUAUCUAUAGGAAGAUCAAAGAUGAUAAACCAAGCCCUUGACGAGGCCAAGAGGCGUCUAGCUUUUGCAGAGGAAGAGAAACGAAGACUUGAAACUGAACUGAUGGAACGCAACCAAACACUGAUUGAGCAAACGACAGAGGUCGAACGCCUGAAAAACGAACUAGAGCAUGCCCACCACAGCGGCGGAACAAGAAGUGAUGUCGAGAUCUUGGAUGCAUUAAAAGCACAGAUCCAAAUAUGUACUGAAGAUUUUGAGUCUGAGAGACGUGACAGAGAAAAAGCACAGAGCAGAGUUUCUACAUUGGAAGCAGAGCUUCAGAAAGUCAGGAUGGAGAGAGAUCGACUUGCGCAAGCAGCUACUCACCGUAACGAACCCCAGUUCAAUGCCCCGUAUUACCAAAACCAGGACUUUUACAACAAUUUCGAUGUACCAAACACUUAUCAGAACCUUCCUCCAUACCAGAAUGAAUUGGCCACAAGGGGAUCGCAUAGAAGACAUGAUAUGCUAGAAGAUAACGUCAUUGACGGGGCUGUUCAGAUGGAUGCACCGCUAUCCUGCGUCGAGAAGAACGAGACAGAUUCUGUAAGCACUGCCGAUUCUGCUUUUAAAAAUGAUAUGACCAACACGCUAUCGGGUGGUCUUCCUGUGUUAGAAGACGCACCAUUGUUAUCGACUGACAGAGAUGCCUUUGUAGAGGACAAUGAAGAUACGUGUGUUGACAGCGGUAAUACAGCUGAGUGUCGUUCCUCUACAUGUUCACCUAGAUCUUCCCCAAAUGCGUCACCGAGAUCUUCACAAAAAGAAUUAUUGACUUGUCCAAAAUGCCGAAAGGAAUUUACAAGUGAUAAACAUGGGGAACUGCUUGAACAUAUAGAGCUGUGCUGUGAUUAAAGAUAUUGAAAUUAUAGUUUCCAUUCAACAAUUUGUACAUAGUACAACUAGAUCUGUUGUCUGUAUCCUGCAAUUUCGUCUUCGCAUUCUCCCAGCGAAUCCCACCUCCACCCCAGGACGUGAACGGUAUCGCGAACGGUAUCGCGAACGGAUCCAGCCCAUAGAUCCAUCCAGAACUGCUCCAAAGUGGCAGGUAGAGGAUAUCGCAAGGCUUCUCUUCCAUUAUUCAAAUACAGAUCACAAGUUGGAGAAUAUUACACAGUGGAAAUCAAAGGUUGACCCGAAGUCAUGGAUUAAUGUAUGAGGAAGUUAGUCAUUAAGUUUAAUGAACAGGAAUGUUUUUCAUUAAGUUUAAUAAAUGAGAAAGUUUGCCAACUUUCAUAGCCCAUGCACUCGCCUAAUGGGAUGCGAGAGACGGUUCUUGGCAAUGAAUCCGAUAUGAAAGGAAGUUGUUUGUAAUAAAAACGCUAGGACGAUUUUGGUUUUAAAAACUGAAAUAUCACCAAUCUGACAACCGACUGCAACAAGGAAGCAUUGCUAAACAUAAAGCAGGAAGAGGAAGAGACCACUUGUCGACUUUAGUGAUUUUAUGAGAGCAACGUCCUCUGAGACACGAAAAACUGCUGAGGAAAUCCGUCCAGAUUAUAGCGGGAAGGAUAUUAAAAUUCCCCUCACGUUUCGUUCAAAGGAGUAAAAACUAUCAUUCACUUGAUCUAAACAAACUUUCGUUGUCGUCAUGUGGCCAUCUGCAUAAUAUAGAUUCCUAAGUAAAUAUCAGAUAGUACAUGUUUGAUUUUCGACAAUUACCCUAUGUCAAAUAUAUUGAAGUACAUAUGUAUUCUCAAUUAUUGGAUAUGGACGAAAAGAGCGAUUCUGUUAUUAGCCACAAGGAUAAUGCAUUGUUAUUGCCGAUCAUUCAUCCUACAAUGUUUGUCAGUGGUGAUAAACAUAUGACAAUGGUGAUAUAGAUAAUUCAGUUGAUUUAUUUAUCUAGUUAAGAUAUGGGAUGGACUGCAAUAGAUUAAUUCUUAUUGUGCUGUGUUUACACAUUCCUCCAGCAAAUUAGAAUUAUUCCCAUUUUAAGCGAUGAUGUAUACAUGUAUUACCGGUUGUGCCAAAAUAUACCACAAAUGUAUUUUGAUUUCAUUAACUACUGUAUGAACAAAUAAUUAGUAUGUAUACUAGACGUAACCAAUUUAUUAGAUGAACUUCAUUAAAACAUCUUGCUGGUCAGGAUUGUUCUGUUUAAUGUACAUUUGCCGUACUAACAAUGUUCUAUUUCUUGUUUUGAAUCUUGUUUGUUAAUUAUGUUUUGUUGCCAGUAUACUAGUAUAUUUUUAUCAAUUAAUGCUAAAAUGUUUAAAGUGUUUGCGAUAAUGUGACUACGUAAUCAUUUUUGCGAGUCGUAAGGUGUAGCUUAGUUUGAUAGGUUAAUUCGGUUUGACGCAGUUACAUUAAACUUGAUUUUCUUACGUUAUAUAUGAUAUACUUAAUUUGAUUUAUGUUUUUGAUUUUUUGUUUCAUGUGGUAACAGUAUAGUUGUUAGUGAAAUCUUUUUAGAUUAAAAUUCACACCUUUCAACUAAAGUUUAACAAUUGUCGUGAUCACUUUUGUCUAUCGCGAUAAACGUACUAUUAACGUUUACAGGAAAACGUUCAUUUAGUGUGGAUCAAGUUGAUCGAAUAAGUUAAUUUUAAUGCUGAAUUUUCAUGUGUGCAUUAUGUAUAUAUUAUUUAUUUUAUCCGGAAGAUACUAUAUGAGAAAGAUAAUUGUAUUGUAAUUACCUAUCGUUAUUUAGUUUAUACGAUUUAUGGACAUAUGUUCAAAUUAAGCCUUAUCAAACAUAUUAUAAAAGCGCUAUUUCCGAAACAUUUUGUCCCGAAAAGCAGAGUAAAUGUAGUAGGUUUUAUGUUGUACAUAUCCCUCUGGUGAGAGAAAAACAACACUGGUGAGAGGAAUGUCACAACAAAGUGAGAGAUGAAAACAACAGUGGUGAGAGAUAAAAACAACAAUGGUGAGAGAUGAAAACAACAAUGGUAAGAGAAGAAAAUGUCGAGAGAUAAAAACGACAAAGGUGAAAGGAGAAAUGAAAUGGUGAGGGGGGACCUAAUGGUGAGAGAGAGAAAAACAACAUUGGUGAGAGACGAAAACAACACAAGUGAGAGGGAAAACAACAAUGGUGAGAGGGGAAACAAGACUGGUGAGAGUGGAAAACAACACUAGUGAGAGGGAAAAACAACAAUGGUGAGAGGGGAAAACAACACUGAUGAGAGAAAAAACAAUGGUGAGAGGGGAAAACAACACUGAUGAGAGAAAAAACAAUGGUGAGAGGGGAAAACAAGACUGGUGAGAGAAGAAAACAACGCUAGUGACAAGGGAAAACAAUAGCGAUGAGAGGCGAAAAAACAAUGGUGAGAGAGGAAAAACAACACUGGUGAGGAAGGAAAGAAUCUUGCAAAACUCCUGACAAUUGAAUUUUCAGAUAUGUGGAGAACACGACCUAAUUUAUAGUUGAUGCCAUGCUGCUACUUUAUAAGAUAGUAUCAUUGUUACAAUGGGUUGUGAAUAUAUAUACGGACACUAUACAAUACAGACUAGAGCAAGACAUGAGGAUGCAAUGCAUAUUUCGGCUAUAUUAUGGUAUUGGCAAAGAGAAAAGGGUUUUAUAGUUGUUGGCAAUAGGAAACCGGUAGCAUUGGACAACAGGCAUGUUGUAUACUACUUACUCUUCACAACAGCUAAAAUCCACUAAAAUGUAAACGCUGCUCAGCACAGCUGGUAUUUUUAUCUUUGUUUACCUAAUUAUACCUGUAUAUUAUACUAGCAUACGAUAAAUAGUCUUGUUUACACUAUCCCCAUUUUGAUUGUAUGUAGUUUCAUUAUUAUUAUUAUCCGUGACCUCAGGUAGUCAAAUAAAUGUAUUACAUUUUCGUUAAAGCUGUAGGGUUUAAAAUUAAAGAAAUAAAACAAAAGUAAAGCCGUCUUGUUUUUUAUGGAGGCAUUUACGCCUGCCGUACUGCAAUCACAUACGGGACGUGACGUCAAAGCCUCUCACUUUCAUUUUCAUUUUGUUUCCUUCCUCAGUUCAUUUUGCUCUUUCUUUUCAUUCAUUAAUGCUAACAUGGAACUAUUUAUGCAUUUAUGUAAAAUAUCAAGCCCAGUUGAAGUAUGGAACCUUGCGAUAUAGUGGUAACCUCCGUUACUAAGUGGAGACAACUUGUUUAACACUUCGUUCAUGUAAGAAAUAUUAAAGUAUUCAAAUAUC